CAGCCAUCGACUUAAAUAUUAGUUGUGUUUCAGCCCAGACGGAGCACACAAGUCCCACCACCAACACCCUCCCGGCCACCAGUACACAUUGUCAAUUUGCUUUGUUUCGAUAACAAAUUUGCAGAUAUCAUACACUACUAUGGCUGAGAUUCGAGAGCUGGUGCCAGAGCUGGCGGAAGUGGCGCGCACUGAGCUAAACGAGGAUCCGGCGAGCCGGGAUGAGCUGAUUGCGGCUCUGCGCGCGUGGAUCGAAGAACAAAGCUAUUUGGUGGCACGCACCGAAGAUCAGUUCUUGGUUGCAUUUCUGCGGUUCUGUCGCUGGGAUCUGGAGGAGGCCAAGAAACGUGUGCUCUUCUUCUACAACUACAAGUCUAAGGAACGUGGCCUGCUCAAGAGUCGCUUCGUGGACGAUAAACUGUUCGAGUUGGCUAGAUCUGGCAUAUUCGCAACGCUACCUAAUCCCAUUGGUCCGGGUGGCCCACGUAUACACUUCACACGCAUGGGACACAUAGAGACUUCCAAGCAUAGUGUAUCCGACAUCUUUCGCUUCCAUGCCUUCCGCGCUGAAAUGGAGCUCAACUCCGAUGAUAACUGGAACAUAGCUGGCGUUGUGGAGGUGAUUGAUUUCACCAAAAUCCCCUAUUCGCUGUUGCUGCAGUUCGACCCAAGCUUGUUCCGACGCAUGAAUUCCUUCCUCGAGCAUGGCAUUCCCACGAACCUGGUAGCCACGCACAUCGUGAAUGCAUCGCGAGAAACACAGUUUGUGCUCACCAUAAUCCGCAAUGUGAUGAAACAGAAGGAGCUGCUGCACAUACAUCCCAAUCUGGAGUCGCUGUAUAAGGCCAUUGGCAAGGAGUACCUGCCGGUGGAGCUGGGCGGCAGUAAUGGCUCCUUGAAUGAUGCUACGGCAUUCUAUGAGUCGCAGCUGAACAACUUUACGCCCUAUUUUAAGGACGAUGAGCGAUACGGCGUCGACGAAAAGCUGCGCGCCGCCAGCGAAAAGGAGACGCGACCCACGCUGGUUGCCGCUGCUGCCAACGAGGACGGCACAUUUCGCAAGCUGAACUUCGAUUGAGGCCGAGGCUGGGACGAUGAUAGUGGCUAGUGUCUAAUGGCUAAUGCAUGUGGCAGUGGCAGUUAGUUGUAUAUUCAAAUGCACAUACUAUACACACCUCACUCUGUCUAUAUAUGAAUCCCUAUAUAUUUAUAUAUAUAUAUAUAUAUAU